AAUGCAGUCUCCUGGCUGGGAUCUGACAUUCAUUCUGUUGAAGGAGGGGAUGACUGGAUAUCAUUCCAAGAGGAAGGCAGAAAGAGAAGCUGAGUUUUCUCUGCCAUCUGUGGGUAACAACAGUGUUGGGAGCUAUAGCUGUGCUUACUUUGAGAACAGAAACCCCAAGAGGAAGUCACAGGCCAGCAAAACCCUGGAUUUGGUGGUGACAGGUUUUUUCCCAAGCCCUCCUUCUCAGUCUACCAUUACCAUGAGACUACCUGCCCAAACCCUCCCUGACAGUCCAGCCCAGCUCCAACGUUGCUCUCGGAGGGAACGUGAUAUUUCAUUGUCAAGUGAGAGCCUGUGGCACCAGAUUCACUCUGUCCAAGCAAGGAGAGGCUGUUGGGACAGUCGAUUCCAUCCAGGGCAAGGCUGA